GAGAGAGAGGGAGAGAGAUCAUUAAAUGGGGAGACGCAACGUCAGUGCUUGAUGUAUUACAGUUGCGUAGCAUGAGAACCAGCUCGGCUUCUAUGCUUGGUUUUGUUGUCUUCUUCAACUUGCUGUCUUCUACACGACAAACCACUGAGAGACCGAAGUCGAGAAGUGCAUGAAACGACCGCUGCCGGCUUCGUCCCACUGUAUAAAUCUUGCUAAUUUCUUCUUCCUCUCUGGCACGUAUGAUUGAGGAGGGGAGACCUGUCGUUUGCUCCUAAGCAUGGGGAAGGGCUUCCGUCUCCGGCUAUGGCGCGCGUUCCCUGGGUUCAAGAGCUGCCGUUCCAAGGAUGUUGCUGCCUCCUCCCCCGUGUACCGUCUCUCUCGCGUCGGCUCAGACGGUUUCGACGUCGAGCUGCAGCUGGCCGAUCACCACCGCCAUCGCCACCCUCCCUUGAUCUCCUCUCGGUGCUGCCGCCCCUGGCGAUUCCGCUCGCCGCUGGCUUCAGCUGCAAGGAAGGGUGCCGAAGCUGAUGAUCUCCCCCUGGCCAGGGAGACGCCGGGUUAUCUCUGGAGGGAGGAGGAGAGGUGGCACGUGGUGGCCACCACCGGCGGCGGGGGCGAUGUCCCCUCGUCCCCGCGCCAGAAGAUCGACUCCGAUGAUGGAGGGGCGUUUCUGCGCAAGGCGAACAGGCGGAGGGGAGCUGGCCUCCGGCGGAGGCGGCGGAGGGAGGCCACGAGAAGGAGAUGGGGCAAUAAUUCCUCGGCAGACGAGGACAGCGGGUGGUUCAGCAGCGACGAGGAGAAUGAAGAGCGACUGAGCGAGUGUUUCGGUCGCUGCUACGGUGAUGGAAGUGAGAAGGAAGAGGAGACGCUGAUCUCGUCGACGGACGUGGACUCGUGCGAUAAUCUUGUCUGGCGGCGGAGGGCGAAGAGGAGCUGGACGGCGGAGGCGGCAGUGGCGGUGGUGAAGCGGUCGGAGGAUCCGAGGGAGGACUUCCGGCAGUCGAUGGCGGAGAUGGUGGUGGAGAAGAAGAUCUUCGAUGCCGCAGGGCUGGAGCAGCUGUUGCGCUGCUUUCUGUCCCUCAACUCGAGCCACCACCACGCCGCCAUCAUCGCCGCCUUCGAGGACAUCUGGGCCGCGCUCUUCUCGGCGGCGGGCGUCGGGGCACAUGGCUAGGAACUCUCUACGAUUGCAUCCAUUGCAGCAUCUCCAACUCACUGGAAGAAAGAGCGAUGGUUGACUCUAUAUAUAGUAAAUAUCUUUCUAAACAAGAGACAA